AUGGAUGUGCACAUGACGCGGGACGGGCAGCUCGCUGUGGUGCACGGCACAACGUUCCGCACCAAGCUCGCGUCCACCCUGCCGCCGUUCCCAAGCGUGCAGCCCACACAGCAGGAGGGGCAACAGGGGCGCCAGCAGGGAGGGCGGGAGGAAGGGGAGGGGGGAGAGAGCAAGGAGGAAGCACCGCGAGUGGAGGAUUUGCCAUGGGAGGUGGUGCAGCAGGCAGACGCUGGAGGGUGGUUCAAACACAAGUUCACACACACCCCUUUACCCUCCCUCACCCACGUGGUGCAGCAUUUUUGGCAUGCUGAUGUUACUCUAGCUCUGGACCUUAAAAUUGACCUGUGUGGGGAGAACAGGCAGAAAGAGCAGGCUCGAAACGGUGUAGGGGCGGAGUGUGUGAGUGAGGAGGAAUGGGCUGAUCGGUAUGCAGAGACCUUGGUCACAUGGCUGGAUGCUGUCCGGCCCUCUAACGCCUCUCUUUCUUCCCUGGAAGCGCCUCAUCCGCGUCUGCGUGUGCUGCUAACCUCGUUUCACUUCCGGCUCAUCGACUCCCUCUUCCUCUUUCUAGAUCGGCCGUCAUCCCGUGCACCUGGGCCUCUUCGACAAGGAAUUGCAGGGGCCCUCUGGGUCCCUAAUCUCCCCGCGAAUACAGUUUCCACCAUGUUUCGCCACCACGGGCAGCUCCUCGCCGCUUCGCGAAGAGAGGCUCUUUUCGCGCUCCUUCCGCUCUUCGCGCUUCUACUAGUCGCUUCUUGCCCGCGUCUCGCGGCAGCGCAAAAGCCGUACUCGACUCUUGGCGUACCCGUCGUUAUCGUAGCUGGUGGGGUGUACGACCCGCUAACGGACAAAGUCUUCAAUCAGGCAUGGCAGGUCAACGCGCUCACGACGCGUCAAGUCGGCGACUCCGCCAACCCCGACGCGAACAACGACGCGGCGCUUUCUGGUUGCGCCGUCGCGGUUGACGGCAGCGCGUACAUCGCCUCAGGCGGGAAAUACCUCAACGUACUUCAAUACACGUCCACCGCACCCGUCGCAGGCACGCCGUAUCCGACGCCGCUGAAUGCGACGUCCAUCUCCAUCGGCGGCCCGUCGCAGCGCAUGCUUGUCGUCGCAGACGGGACCGCCGAGGCUAACGGCGCGAUCAGCAUCGAUCGGACGACCCUCUCGACGGUUCAGAUCGUCCCCGCGGGGUGGCAAUGCCUCUCCUCCGCGUUCUGCGCGGCUUCCGCGAUCUUCGCGUGCCACCGCCUGUCGGACGACGCGAAUGCGAUCAUCGAGGUGCCGUUCGAUGCGGCGACGGGCGCGUUCCAGCCCGCAAGCUCCGCCAUAAACGCUAUUCCCUACCCUGCGACGGAGGCCGUGUGCUCUCCUCAGGGCACUUUCGUCGCAGUCCUGCGACAAGACGCGAAUAUUCUGUACACGUACGCGACGCCGCUUACGAGCUCCGCGACGCCGCUCACGACCACCACGCUGACUCCUGGCAUGCCCGGGUCGCUCGCCGUCGACGCGAUGCGCGAGGAGUUUCUCGUAACGAGCGCCGCGGAUUUCCCGGGACUUCCUGGCGACGCGUACCUGGGAGCGAUGGACUUUGUACCCUUUUCAGAGGGCACCGGCGUGGAUCCGGGAUUCGAUACAAGCGGCGCGUUUGAAUACACUACGUCCGCCCCCACCGGCGGGCAGGUCGCGGUGUAUCCCAGUCCUCCAACCGCGUACAUCGCGCUUCCGGAGGGCCUUUAUGGCGUGCGACUCGUCGGCACGGGCCAGCUCGACACGGGAGCUGCGAGCUUCGCGACGCUCUCUGCGACGGUUGACGGCUGGAGCUACUUCGCCACGACUGUCUGCGCGCAGCGCCAUGUCAAAGCACCGCCGCCACCGUCGCCGCCGCCUCCGCCGCCGAGCCCGCCGCCGAAACCGCCGAGCCCGCCGCCAAAGCCGCCGAGCCCGCCUCCCCGCCCGCCUCCUCCGCCUAAACCGCCCAGCCCUCCCCCGAAGCCGCCAAGCCCUCCCCCGAAACCCCCCAGCCCCCCCAAGCCGCCGAGCCCGCCGCCGAAGCCCCCCAGUCCGCCCCCCCGACCGCCUCCUCCCCCCAAACCACCCAGCCCUCCCCCCAAGCCCCCGCUCCCUCCCAGCCCUCCCCCCAAGCCGCCCAGCCCUCCCCCCAAGCCUCCCAGCCCUCCGCCGAACCCCCCGCCGCCGCGGCCGCCGCCUCCGCCGGGCACGGUGGUGACGGUAGCGUCGAUAUCGGUGAUGUCGCUCGAGGCGGACUCGCGGUUCAACGCCGUCACGGGCACCGUCACGCACCCGCCCGCCUCCACCGCUCCGUCCGCGCGGAAGGCUCCGCCAGUGCACAGGACGUGCUCGCUGGGCGCGUUCCACAACUGCCCCGUGACGCUCGACUGCCGCGAUAACCGCGCUGCCAAGGGCUGCUCGUGCCUGCUGGGGAGCAAGAACACCACGUGCCGAUACCCGCACAACUGUCUGGACGCCGCGUCGUGCCCCGUGCGCGCGGUGUGCAGGGAGAACGCGGCGGGCGUCAAGGUGUGCGCGUGCCCCAAGCGCUACAUGCCGCUCAAGCGCCACGCCAGCGACCGCGCAUUCGCGUUCUGCGCCAGGUUGCGCUGCGCGGGGACGGCCGCCUUCACUGGCUUCAGCUGCACGCUGCGCGCCAUUGCUGACAAUGCUUUCGGCGCCGCUACUGGCAUAAUUGGAUAG